AGCAGCAGCGGCAGCGGCAGCAGCAGCAGCAGCCGGUUGUUUACGGGUGCUGAUGCAUUUCCUAUGGACACCGGCUUGGCUGACUGUCAAACUCGCUAGGCAGGAGGCAAAGCAGCACAGGUUGUUCCAGAGGUUGCCAGGCAGGGAAAAGGGUCUAUAGUGCCCGCAGCCCUCAGCUCCUAAGUUCCUGCUGUUAAAGCCCCUGAGACGACGACACCAUGGCCGACCAUGAAGAAUCCAAGAUGAACAGCAGUGCUGGCCACUCCUCCCAUCUUUCGGACCCCCCCAAAGAGAGCAUGCAGCUAAAGAAGGAGAUCUCGCUGCUCAACGGAGUCAGCCUGAUUGUAGGAAACAUGAUCGGCUCUGGCAUCUUCGUCUCCCCCAAGGGUGUGCUAAUCUACAGCGCCUCGUACGGGCUGUCGCUUGUCAUCUGGGUCAUUGGCGGCCUGUUCUCUGUGAUGGGGGCCCUCUGCUACGCUGAGCUGGGCACCACCAUCACCAAAUCAGGAGCAUCCUACGCAUACAUCCUGGAGUCGUUUGGCGGCUUCAUCGCAUUCAUUCGCCUGUGGACAUCUUUGUUGAUUAUUGAGCCCACCAGCCAGGCGGUCAUAGCCAUUACGUUUGCAAACUACUUGGUGCAACCGCUGUUUCCAACAUGUGAACCGCCAUACAUAGCAUCCAGGCUCCUCGCUGCAGCGUGUAUAUGCUUACUGACAUUAAUCAACUCCACCUAUGUAAAGUGGGGAACCCGCGUGCAGGACAUAUUCACCUAUGCCAAGGUGGCAGCCCUCAUCGUCAUCAUCAUUACCGGCAUCGUCAAGCUGAGCCAGGGUUACACAAACAACUUUGAAUCGUCCUUUCAGGGAUCGUCCACGGACCCCGGAGACAUUGCGCUGGCGCUCUACUCUGCCCUCUUCUCCUAUUCCGGCUGGGACACCCUCAACUUUGUUACUGAGGAGAUCAAAAACCCUGAAAGGAACCUGCCCAUGGCCAUCGCCAUCUCUAUGCCCAUCGUCACCAUCAUCUACAUCCUCACCAAUGUGGCCUACUAUGCUGUUCUGGAUGUUAGCGCUAUACUGGCCAGCGAUGCUGUGGCAGUGACAUUUGCAGAUCACACCCUCGGUGUGAUGAGCUGGACCGUCCCCUUGGCUGUGGCUCUGUCCUGCUACGGAGGCCUCAAUGCCUCCAUCAUAGCUGCAUCCAGGUUGUUCUUUGUAGGCUCUCGUGAGGGACACCUUCCAGACGCUCUGUCCAUGAUCCACAUAGAGAGAUUCACUCCCAUCCCUGCUCUGCUCUUCAAUUGCAUCAUGUCACUGGUCUACCUGACAGUGGAGGAUGUCUUCCAGCUCAUCAACUACUACAGCUUCAGCUACUGGUUCUUCAUGGGUCUGUCCAUCAUCGGCCAGAUCUACCUCCGCUGGAAAGAGCCGGACAGACCCAGACCUCUCAAGCUCAGAGCCUUCUUCCUGACCUGUCUCUCUGCAGCUGUCCUUGGUGUACCCGGUGGUGUUCUGUCUGUGUUCUGUGUUCCUGGUGGUCGUUCCUCUCUACAGCGACACUGUCAACUCCCUGAUUGGCAUCGCCAUUGCCCUGUCAGGGGUCCCUGUCUACUUCCUGGGGGUCUAUCUACCAGAAUCCAAACGGCCGCCGAUGAUCACCAAGCUACUGCGUUCUCUGACUCUCUCCACCCAGUACACCUGCUACUGUGUACUAACAGAGAUGGACAAAAGUGAAUAGCAUCCGAAACACUUUAAAACUCGAGCCAGCAGUCUCUACAAUCCUCACAGCUGACAGCAACCGGGGGCAGCCAGGCGGGGGAUUCUUCUUUGG